AUGUUUCCAGGUUUAGAGCAUAGACCAAGCCGGCUGCCCCUGCCGUCACCUGAGAAGACCGGCAGUAGUCUGACAUUGGUUGGGGUGCUCUGGGCUUUCCUCUUCGUUCUCACAGCAGUUGCCAGCUCAGCCAGUUACUUUAUGCCCGACUGGCUUCUUGGUUCCCAGCUGGGGAAGCCAGUUCCAUUUGGCCUCUUCCGCUGGUGCACAUACCCUGCCCAGAUACAUGAGAGGAGCCUGGUGAUGAUGGAAGAGCGUGGGCGGUAUGCCAGUUUUGAUGCCAUUCCCAGCUUGUCUUGGCAGAUCUGCACUGUGGUGACAGGGGCUGGCUGUGCCAUGCUGCUCCCGGUGGCAUUAGCAGCCAUCCUGGGUUGCUGUGCGGAAGAGACCAUCUCUUGGAUGAUGGGGUGUUUCUUGGGGGCAGUCCCAUUUUGAGGCUCUUUGCUGGUGUGUUCAGGCUGUGCAUUGUACCCCUUAGGCUGGAAGCCAGAGAUACAACAGGCAUGUGGGAAUGUCUCCAAUCAAUAUCAAUUAGGUAAGGCAGUCUUGGAAAGGAGAAUAACCUGCAAGCUUGGCAGGGCACAUUACUGCACAGGAGGUGGGGCAGCGAUGACUAUGCUGAUGUAUACCUGGCUCUCAUGCUUUGCUGGAAAACAUCCCAAACCCAUAAAGCAACCAAGAAGGAAGAAGAUUCUCCAGUUCUGA